CCUAAAUCUAAAUGGGAUACUCAUAUGUGUACGAUAAUACCCCACAGCAAACGGAGAGUGGGGCGCGUGGCGUGAGUGGGAGUGUACGAUGGACUGCGACAUUAAAAGAGAGGAACGUUACAGAUCUUGCGAUAAUCCUCGACCUCAAAAUGGCGGCGCAAAUUGUACAGGAUCAGAUAGGGAAUCCAAUGACAAAGAGGUCUGUUGGACCGGUACCAAGUGUCCUUCGAACUGCCCACCUUUCACAUGGUACAUGGACUGUGCUAGAUCGUGCGAGCAUUGUGUCACCGACUGCAACAAGUUUAAAGGGACUUGUACAGCCUGCAAAGCGGGGUUUGAUUCUCCGUUACAUUCAUGUAACCAAAGUUGCCCCAAAUAUAAAUAUGGAUUAAAGUGUAGAGGAAAUUGCAUGGAGAAAUGCGAAGGCUUGGAUUGUACUGAAAGAGUAGAUGGGACAUGCCCAGACAAAAGUAACAACUCAUGGAUGUACUGGUUGUUGCUGUUGCUAUUGUUACCCUUCGCUUACUUAUUGUAUUAUUUAUUUAAACCCAAGCAAAGACUAGUGUUUGACGAAGAAGAAUUUAAGGAGGACAAAAAUAAAUCGGAACCAGAUUUCUAAGAAAGAUGUCAGGAAAUAUUGAUAUUUUUAUGAUGUUUGGCCUGAUCUCUGAUACUAUCUUAACAUAUCAUGUUAUUUUACUGUACAUAUUGUCUUAUAAUCAAGGGAACUAUUUAUUACUAUCCUGUAUUCGUCGUUUAAAUUAUCACUGUGUUUAAAUACAUUAUUAGAGUUAAAAAAU